UCGAAUUACCAUCUUCUCCUCUCUUCCAAGGAGUGGGUCAAGUAAAAAUCAGCGAACGAUACGAGUAUUGCGCGAUUCCGUAAACCAGGAAGCUUCCAGCAAGGAUAAUAUGCAUAAUUUACGUUUUAGGCGAAACCACGAAUGAGAUCGCAAGUCGAGUUGGGGAAAAUUUUUGAACUGCGCCGAAAGUGGAAUUCCGUUAUAGUGAUGGAUUGUAGUCGAAAGUGAAAUAAUUCAAAUGAAUUGACCGAGAUCGUGGCCAAUGUGUGUCGAAUUAAUUUGCUAUGAUGUUACCGGAAUAAAUUGAUUGCGCAAGACGAAAAUGUUAGUUUUACAAAUUGAGAUUGUGUCAGAUCAUAUCCGCUGACAAGUGAUUGAGCAAAUAAAUAGCCAGUUAUACAUAUUGUAUGCAGUUUUAAUAGAAAAGGCAACAGUGACAAGUGUUUGACGAAAAAAGUGUGUUUAUUUACCUCGACGGUGUGGUGAUUACUCAAGUGUUUUGCGUGGCUCGCCCAGUUCGAGGGAAAGAGAGAUCAUAAAUUCCACAUUUUCCACACUCAAGUGUUCCGACGAAAUGUUCAACCUUAAUAAAUCUAGUACUAGCACCUAUUGCCGAAGGAACUGUUUUAACAGCCGAAGGAAAUCUUUCACAAUGCUGCUCAUCUUCCUGCUGUACAUGGUGCCCCAGGUGCAGUCCUGUGGCCCUGGCCGUGGUAUCGGAGGUCCCCGAAGGACCCGAAAACUGCUACCGUUGGUGUUCAAACAACAUGUGCCGAAUGUUAGUGAAAAUUCACUCGGUGCAUCCGGGAUGCAGGAGGGACCGAUUACUCGAAACGAUACCAAGUUUCGCAACUUGGAAACCAACUACAACAAAGAUAUUAUCUUCAAGGAUGAAGAAGGUACCGGCGCUGAUCGCGUCAUGACCCAGCGUUGCAAGGAAAAGCUUAACAUCUUGGCUGUAUCGGUCAUGAACCAGUGGCCCGGUCUUCGGCUGAUGGUCACCGAAGGGUGGGACGAAGAUCACAUGCACGCUCGAGAGUCGCUGCACUACGAGGGCCGGGCUGUAGAUAUUAUGACAUCGGACAAGGACCGUUCAAAGAUCGGAAUGCUUGCGCGGCUUGCUGUAGAAGCGGGCUUCGAUUGGGUGUUCUACGAAAGCCGCAGCCAUAUACACUGCUCCGUCAAGUCAGAUUCAUCGCAGACCAAUCACGCUAGUGGAUGUUUCACCGGAGAUAGCACAGUGCAAACAGCCAAUGGUGAAAAGCGAAAGCUCAGUGAACUGGCUGUUGGGGAAAAGGUACUCAGCGUCGACAGCUCUGGGAAUACCGUUUACAGUGAAGUAAUGAUGUUUAUGGAUCGGGACACUCAUCAAAGUAGAGAAUUCGUGCACAUUCAUGCCGAUGGUGGCGCCCAACUGACAGUAACACCUGCGCAUCUGGUGAUGGUAUGGCAAAAGGAGCUCAACGAAGUUCGGUACUUGUUUGCAGAUCGAAUCCAGGAAGGCGACUUCAUUCUGGUCAACAUCGACAGUAAUUUGGAGCCACGAAGAGUUCUUCGGAUAUCAGCCAAAUUGUCGCUUGGAGUCUAUGCUCCAUUAACCCGAGAGGGGACCGUGAUAGUUGACUCAAUAGCUGCCUCCUGCUACGCACUCAUCGACAGUCAAACUCUCGCGCAUCUCAGCUUUUUGCCGUACCGAAUGGCGAAGAAAAUUACGAAUCUGUUUAACUUUAGCAGUCAGAGUAAUAGUUUGAGUUUGCCUCGACACGAAGGUAUACAUUGGUACGCCAAAUCCUUGUAUGCAAUUAAAGACUACGUCCUACCGGUAAACUGGCUUUAUCACUAGUAGAAGAUCGAAAUCUCUAUUCGAGAAACAAGACGGUUAAAUUUUGUACAUUUUGUAAAUUUCUGUUUACGCAGCAGCAAAACGAUUCCAUUUGUUCCCGAAAAUAAUUAAAAAAGACGCGAUUGUGUGUGAGAUUUACUUAAAUUAUAUGCGAACGAUCGAGAUAAUAUGACAGUGUGCAAGUCCUCUCAGUGCGGCCCAAAGCGUCAGCGCGGAAGGUAAAGUAAUUCUAUUUGCUUAGCAACCUUCGGAAUGUUUGUGAAACGCUCCUUGAUAUUUAAUGACAGCCAACUUUGACAGUGGUUAUGUUUAUACUUAUUACUCGCGGAGAUGUGUAGUUUGUGUAAGUAGGACGAAUACAAUAAAUAAUUUAUUUUACUUGUAAAAAGAUUUUAACCUAAUUAACUUGUAAAUCUUGAUCCAAAAAAAUUAUUGUUAAUAAUGUUUGAGAAAAUUUGGCCAGUGAACAAUCUACUUUUCUUUCAAGAAGCGUAACCUUAUGCAUGAGAUGGAAAGAACGAAUUUUGCAGUAUGGAUAAUUGAAAAAUAAUAUUUAUUAAGUAGCAUUAUGUAACUACAAGAAAAGUGAUAUCUAAUUAUAGUUUGAAUAUAACGAAAUAUUAUUUAUAAUCGAAUAGUAACUCAAGGCACUCGUGACAGACAUGCGCAUGAAAGCUUGAAAGAAACUUGUUAAACUUGCAAUGUUUCAGCCCAGAAACAUUUCCUAAAGCUUCUAACGCGUUUGCUAUAGCAGAGUUCAAACCAGCAGGAAUAGAAUGGUGAAAUAUUUCUAAGUAAAGACACAAACUCAUUCCAGCAGACGAAUGCUUCGGUGGCAGUAACAGAAACCUUUAAUUUUGGUUUAGGCAGAGUGGCCAGAUGAUAUUUCUUCAUAUCGGUAGGUUACACCGAAAAGAUAUCGGUAAACCACAGAUAAUAUUGCCAACAAUGGAAACAACGCAUCGAAGAAAUUAAAUGAUAUGGCCCUAAAUACCGAAUCCAAUGGAAAAUGAAUGAGGUUGUGCGAAAGAGCAAUAACAAUCUGUGAAUUGGAAGACAAGUCAAAAAUCUAUAGAGCUAUCGUUAAAUUACUAAGUCUGGUCACCCUGAAUUGAAAAAGGUGUCAUUGAUAAAGAAAAACUGCAUUUUGUAAAUAUAGCGAAAUACGAAAAAAGACUCCAAUAUGAUGAGUUAUAAUAAACUAAAUCAAAGUUGUUAUUAAAAACAA